AUGAUUGCUGCCAGGCGAUUAAGAUCAGCUGCAUCGCUACUCCGUCACUACUGCAGCUGCAAGACAGAAUGGGACGACAAGUUUGUUGGAAGUGUGAAAUUCUACAAUGGACAAGUGCUUGUCGGCAAAGGAACGUCCGAUUGGCCUGCUGAUCUCGAAGUUAGCAACGACAUCAAAUCAAAGUUUCCUGAAAAGUCGACACGAUUCAAUUUCUCGGAUUCUCCUGAUGGAAGCAUUACAGUGCUAGAUGGACAAGUGAAUCCAAGUACUCCACAUGUCGUGGUAUGCACGCAUCAGUCGAAAGAUGCCCGAUGUGGGAAACACGGAAAUGAGAUUUACGAAAUGUUCAAGUCGAUGGCUUCGGAAAACAUAUCUCUUCAUAAGUCAUCGCAUUUUGGUGGUCACAAGUAUGCGGGAAACGUAAUAGUAUACCCACCUGGCGACUGGUACGGCCUAAUCACAUCUGAAAACGCCAAGGACUUUUGGAAGACAGUCAUGCUAGAUCGUAAAGUGUUGUGGAAGAAUUGGAGGGGAAGGAUGGGCCUGACGCAAGAGCAGCAACGAGCACUACAUACAUCAUACCAACCAAACGCCAACACAAUCAACAUAUCAUACCGCCUCAGAGACGAUUCAAUACAUCAGCUGAAGGUGCCAAUAGGUAAAAAGAUCAUGGAAGUCGGCGUUGAGCAUGAACUCAACGAGGGCGAAUGUGGGGGUAAUUUAGAGUGUGCGACGUGUCACGUCGUCCUACCAAAAUCAUACUAUGAUAAACUGCCAGCACCGAGUAUUGCAGAAGAGGACAUGCUAGAGUAUGCCAUGGGGUUGUCUGAUACCAGCAGGCUGUCUUGCCAGCUUGUGGCAUCGCCGGAAUUAGAAGGAUGUGAGUUUUUUAUACCACAAAAGAAGACUGCAAAACCACCACCAUCAUCUGCAUACUAUAAUUCAUCUUUAUAA